GUCAGUUUGUAUUUUGAUUACAAAAAAAUGUAUUAUUAAAUAUUUUAUUAUUUUUUGUUAAAUACUAUUUAUUCCUUGUGUCGAUGGUGAUAAUUAUGAAUUCAAACCACGAAAGGGACCCGAAAAAACGCAAAGUUAAACCUGUGGAAUCUGCACAACAAUUGUUGGAUUUUGAUUUGGAAGAAAGUUCUGAUGACAGUGAUUUUAGGAUAGAGGACCAUGCUGAAGAAAGUGAUGAUUAUGAUUCGUUAAAUACUGAUGACGAAGGAAAUGAUGAUGAAUCUGGUGAUUCUGAUGACAGUUCUGACUCUGAGGAUGAAAAAGCAAAAAAUUCUCAGGCAAAUGAUCAAGGCAAAUCAAUUAAUGAUAUUAUACAGGAAGCAAAAAAUAAAAUAAAUCAAGAUGGAAAAUGCCAGUUUGAUAAAAAGAUUAAAACUCCUCCAAUUUGUGCGGGUUGUCUGGGAGACAGGAGUGAUGAUACAAAUGAAAUUGUGGAAUGCGAUGGAUGUGGUACGACUGUUCAUGAAGGCUGCUAUGGUGUCUCAGAUUCUGCUAGUGUUUCUAGUACGGUUUCAUCUUGUUCGACAGAGCCAUGGUUUUGUGAGGCGUGCAAGGCUGGUGUCAUGAAUCCACACUGCGAAUUGUGCCCUAAUGAAGGAGGGAUUUUCAAGGAGACUGAUGUGGGAAAAUGGGUGCAUUUGGUAUGUGCACUAUACGUACCAGGUGUUGCUUUUGGCGAAGUGGAUCAUUUAUCUUCAGUAACUCUUUUUGAAAUGCCUUAUAAUAAAUGGGGAGCAAAAGUUUGUUGUCUUUGUGAGGAUGAUAGAUUUGCACGAACUGGUGUUUGCAUCGGAUGUGAUGCUGGGAUGUGCAAGACUUACUUUCAUGUCACUUGUGCUCAGAAAGAAGGUUUAUUGUCCGAGGCACAUACCGAAGAAGUUGAUCAAGCGGACCCAUUUUAUGCUCAUUGUAAAUUGCAUUCAGAUAAAACAUUGAUUCGUAAGAGGAAAAGGAACUGGUUGGCCCUACAAAUACAGACACAGUGCAGGAAACAGGAACGCGAUAUUCUCCAAAAUGACGAUGGAGAAAGUGAUCCCACGUUGCAGCGAAUUCAACGCAAACUUCGAAAACAUCGAACAAAAUAUUUACACAAUAAAACAUUGAAAAGUGCACCUUGGGUCCCAACACAGAAAAUGCCUCGUCUUCUUACAACUUCUGCUUCGGCAUGCAAGAAACUUCUGAAUAAAGCAGUACUCAUGGGUAUUGACACUGAGGCACUUGAAAUACAAGAUGCACAUUGUCAAGCCUUAUUGGAUGUUAGGAAGAAAUGGAAUGUUCCACCAGCUUUUAGCGUUGAAUUUAUAGGAUACUAUCUUGACCGGAAUAAAAGAGUAACUUCAAUGAAGCAAGGAUUGCAUCAGUUAUUAGAAACAAAUACGAAACUUUUAGCCGAACAAAAAUCUUUGAGAGAUAGAUAUGAUGAGGCUAUGAAAGACAGCACAGAACAUUCCCGCCGCAAUAUUUCCCUUAAGCAAACGAUCGCAAAGCUCCACGGCGUUAUUAGCGAUCUGUGUCCGACUAAAUCACUGCCUUCUGUAGAUAGUUUAGGCCAGAAACAAUCUAUAGUAGUUCCCAAUAAGCUAUCGCCAGUUGUAGCUUUAGGUCCUCGAUCUCUAACUGACAACAAUAUGAGGAAGUCGAUGGGUGUGCCAACUGCUGCGGCCCUUAAAAUGGGGGUUGGAUUUCCGCUUAAUCAUCAUGGUGAGGAUCAGACCGGCGGAAAAACACGAGGCAGCAUCGGAGAUGGAGCGAAUAGCGGGAAAGUACUGAGCACUAGUAGGCAAGAGGCUAUACCGCUCAACAACGAAUGUGGUAUCUGCAAAAAACGGCAUGAUCAACAUUUGCUUGCAAAAUGCGAUGUAUGUCAUCUCUACUAUCAUCUCGGUUGCUUGAAUCCUCCGUUGACUAGACUGCCUAAAAAGUCUAAAUUGUACGGUUGGCAAUGUUCAGAAUGUGAUAAAUCUUCUGAUUCGGAACCUGAUAUCACGCAGCCGAAAGCGCCCAGAAAAUCCAGGACGAGGUACAGCAAAGAUGGCACGAUAAUACCAGCCACUACUCUGGACCAAAUCGAUAAUAGCCUGCACACUGAAGACAAACAGUCUUCUGUGAAUAAUACUCACACGAUUUCGCCUGAAAUCAAUAAUGUUUUGACGACUGAAUCUGGUACUGCAGCAGGCAGUGGUUCUUUGAAAUUCACUAUUAAAUCUGUUGACAAAUUGGCUGUGGCAGGAGAUGCUAAUUACACUGCUGAAAUUAUGAACAUAUCACAAGAAUCAGAUCAAAAUGUGGAAUUUGUCAAAAAGGCGGCAAAAAGCAAAAGUAAUAAAAAAUCAAGAAAAGAGAAACGCAAUCAUUUGGUUCAGGAAACUUAUUUUCUUCAGCAGCAGCAAUCUCUUUCUAAUACUACGGAGGAAAACAUCACAAAUCAGUUUGGAGACAGUUCAUUUUUGUCAGAGGGCUCGACAUUCAGACCUAGUAUUGAAGGCAAUGGUGAUCCACUAGACACAUCAAUGUUAACAGAUCCUUUAAGCAUCAGUCCAUCUACAGAUGUCCAUAAGCAGAAUAGGAAAAGACGUAAAGAAAAGCAUCGCAAUAGGUAUUCACCCGAUUUUAUGAGAUCACCAUCAAAGGAACACAAGCGCAAACGAAAGAAGAAGUCACAGGAUGACAUGGAGAAUCCUAACGAUAGUUCAGGAUCUGCUAAUAAACCCAGAAUCACCAUCAAGAUCAAAUCAAUUCCUCUGCCUGCUGGUGAAGUGGCUUCAACAUCAAAUCCUCAAAUGUUCUAUGUGCCAAGUGACAGCAAUGAUGCUCCUCCUCAACAGCUAUCGGUCAGUCAAAUAAGCAUCACAGGGCCCGAAGCUGGUGAAAAUAACAUGGAAACAAUUGUAAAUGAUCAAUCACAGCCGCCAGGUACCUUCUUGACUCCUCCUCCUGUAGUGGCUAGAAAAAUACCCAACAGAAGAUCUUCUACUAUGGGUUCGGCAACAUCAGGACAAAGGGCAAUUAGAACAACACCUCAGCAGGAUACUGGUACUCCAACAGGAGAUGAUAUGAUGUGUGAUGUUUGUUCUAAACCUGGAACCAGCCAGAAUACUGUCAGAUGUGAUGAAUGCCUGAAAUGUUAUCAUUUCACUUGUCUUGAUCCACCUGUUAAAAAGUCUCCAAAACGACGUGGCUACUCAUGGCAUUGCGCUGAUUGUGAUCCUACGGAAACUGAUUCCACAUGAGGUACUUUGAUGAAAUGAAUUCGUAUGUAUAUGAAUGUAUACAAACAAAUAAUUUUGUAUAUGCCCAUAUAUAGUAAUUAGGUCUGAAAGAUAUAAUUUUCGAUGCUAAAUA